GAUAUCUUUUUAAAAGUUCAAAAUAUAUUGGACUCUGGAUAUGGACGAUCAAGCUAAAGUCAAAUAUCUUUCAUCUCACGCCUAUAAAUAUCCUUUAAUCACACCUCAAUAAUUCUCUACUUCCACUGCUUCAGUUCUUCUUUCAUUCUGGGAUUUUGGGUUUUAGUUUUUCUGUGAAAUCGAGAAAAUGGGGCUUGAUCUUUCUCCAAAGUUGGCAAAGAAAGUGUACGGUGACGAUGGUGGAAGCUACUACGCUUGGUGCCCCAAUGAACUCCCUAUGCUGCGUGAAGGCAACAUUGGUGCAGCCAAGCUGGCCCUUGAAAAGAAUGGCUUUGCCCUCCCUCGUUACUCUGAUUCUUCCAUGGUCGCUUAUGUCCUUCAAGGAGGUGGUGUUGCUGGGAUUAUUCUCCCUGAAUCUGAGGAGAAAGUGAUUGCAAUCAAGAAGGGUGAUGCAAUUGCUCUUCCAUUUGGUGUUAUCACCUGGUGGUACAACAAGGAGGACACUGAGUUGGUGGUCCUUUUCAUGGGAGAUACCUCAAAAGGCCAUAAACCUGGUCAGUUCACUGAUUUCUUCUUGACUGGCUUCAACGGCAUCUUCACUGGCUUCACAACUGAUUUUGUGAAAAGGGCAUGGGAUGUGGAUGAUGACAUUGCCAAAGCCUUAAUUGGAAACCAAACAGGCAAAGGCAUUGUCAAGCUUGAUGCCAAUGUUAAGAUGCCUGAACCGAAGCCGGAUCACCGCAAAGGAAUGGCCCUGAACUGCAAGGAAGCUCCGUUAGAUACCGAUAUCAAAAACGCUGGCAAUGUCGUGCUCUUGAACACCCAAAACCUCCCUUUGGUGGGUCAGGUUGGUCUCGGGGCCGAUCUCGUUAGGUUGGAAGGUAAUGCAAUGUGCUCCCCUGGCUUUUCUUGUGAUUCAGCCUUGCAGGUAACGUACAUAGUUAAGGGCAGCGGUCGUCUCCAAGUGGUGGGUGUGGACGGCAAACGGGUCCUGGAAACCAUUGUGAAAGCAGGUAAUCUGUUGAUUGUGCCAAGGUUCUUUGUUGUUUCAAAGAUUGCUGAUCCAGGUGGUUUGUGAUGGUUCUCAAUCAUCACCACCCCAAACCCUAUGUUCACCCACUUGGCUGGAAGCAUUGGGGCAUGGAAGGCUAUAUCACCAGAAGUUCUUCAAGCAGCAUUCAAGGUUCCUGCUGAGACAGAGAAGCUUUUCCGCUCCAAGAGGACCAAUGAUGCCAUAUUUUUCCCACCACCUAUUUGAAGCAAAACUAAAGCAUCCAUUUAGCUAUCUGCUAGUUUCUCUAAAUACGCUUGAGCUUCUAUUAGUAAUAAUUAGUUUGAAUUAUAAUAUUUUAUUAUUGUUUCUUUAUUAAUUAUCAAUAAAAGUUAAAUUUAGAGUUAAAUUAUAA